GCCGGAAGACUGACUUUUCACCCGGAAGUUAUUCACCGAAUGCCAAGAAAGAGGAGGAAAAACAUCAAUGGGAGUCACUUGUGUGUGCCAGGUGCCCGUGGCAGAGGGGAAGAGCGUGCAGCAGUCCGUGGACAUCGUGCACAAGAAGCUGGAGCAGCUGGGUGCUCUGAAGCAGGGCAGCUUCUGGGUGGACUGUGAGACGUACCAUCCAACAGGAAAUGUCAGCGGUCAGCCCUCCAAGCUCUUAUACGUGAUGCACAACUCUGAAACUCCCCUGAGCUGCAUGGGUCUGUUUGAAGGUGGACCCUGCCUGAUAGCAGAUGCAAACUUUGACGUUCUCAUGGUGAAGCUAAAAAGUCACUUCCAAAAUGCCAAGGCGCAUAAGGUGGAGUGUCGUGGAUCUAGAUACCGCUACUGUGAUUUCUUGAUAAAGGUUGGCACGGUAACAAUGAGCUCCAGCGCCAGAGGGAUAUCAGUUGAGGUGGAGUACUGCCCCUGUGUGGUUCCAGGGGAAUGCUGGAAUCUCACUAAAGAGUUCAUGCAGUCCUUUCUUGGCCCCAGCGUCCCCGAACUACCGUCUGUGUUUGCUGCCAAGGCUGAAGGACUCUUCGCCCCAUCAGACUGCGUUGACACCAUGACUCAGUACUUGGAGUUGUUCAACAAACUUCGUAAAAUGCAAAUGCCAGGAAGUAAUGUGCGUUGAGUGGUCAAUGGCAAUGGAGAGAACUUUUUUGUAUAUUUGUAUUGAUGUUGCUUUAAUUCUGUCCCCCUGGACAGAAUUUGUAUUGAUGUUGCUUUAAUUCUGUCCCCCCUGGACAUGUUGUAUGUACUUUUGGCAUUUUUUUAAUAAAGCCUGGGAUUUUUUUAUUUCCAUCUCUGGAGCCUCAAUGCAUUGAACCUUCUUAUUUUAUGAAUGCAUGUUGUAUUAAAGAGACUUAAAGGUGACUCAUAAAACAA